CAGAUGAUUCUCUUUAAUCGGCGGAGAGAAGGAGAGGUGGCGAGCAUGCCUUUGUCUGUGUUUUUAUCAAGAGACACUUCUGAUCCACAUGAGGAUGUGGACUGGGCUCUCUCCGAAGUGGAGAAGAAACUCUGCAGACACUUCACAAGGGUUAUCACCAGGGGAAAGCGUGGUCGGCCAGUUCCAGUCCUUCUGACUCCAAAAAUGCUGUGUUCCUUAGAACUCCUUGUUAAGCAGAGAGAGGCGUGUGGGGUUUUAAAAGACAAUGCCUAUAUGUUUGCUAGACCAGAAGCCAUGACACAUUUCCGAGGGUCAGACUGCCUCCGUGGCUUUGCAAAGGCUUGUGGUGCAAAGUGUCCCAAGGCACUGACAUCUACCAGGCUGCGUAAGCAUGCCGCGACCCUUUCAACAGUGCUGAACAUGACCGACACCGAGAUGGACCAGCUGGCAAACUUUCUCGGGCACGACAUCAGAAUCCAUCGUGAGUUCUAUCGACUCCCUGAGAAGACCCUGCAACUAGCCAAGAUCAGCAAAGUUUUAAUGGCUCUUGAGCAAGGAAGAUUAGCUGAGUUCCAUGGCAAGAACUUGGAUGAAAUUGGGAUAGAUCCUGAUGAAAAAGUAGUUGACUGUGAUGAGGAAGAACAAGUUAAUGACUGUGAUGAGGAAGACAGGAGCAUACAAGAGGGACACUGUUCAUCUACUGUUGACGCUUCAGCCGAGGUGGCACUUCCUGCUACCGAGAGGAAUAUGUCACACAAGAGAGGCAAACCAUCAUCAGAAGUGCCGAUGUCUUCAGGAGCCAGUGCUAUGAGACCACCUUGCAAAGGUGAACUCUUUACACAUUUCUCUUUGGUAUGA